AUGACAGAUUUAGACCACCAAAUACCAGCAGGUGUCAUGGACCAUGAGGGCCACCAUCAGGAUAACAUCAGCAGCAUAUGCGACGCUGGCAAAUAUGGAGGCCGAGAUGGAGGCCGAGAUGGAGGCCAGGAUGGAGGCCAAGAUGGAGGCCGAGAUGGAGGCCAGGAUGGAGGCCAGGAUGGAGGCCAGGAUGGAGGCCGAGAUGGAGGCCGAGAUGGAGGCCAGGAUGGAGGCCAGGAUGGAGGCCAGGAUGGAGGCCAGGAUGGAGGCCGAGAUGGAGGCCAGGAUGGAGGCCAGGAUGGAGGCCGUGAUUUAGGCCAGGAUGGAGGCCGUGAUUUAGGCCAGGAUGGAGGCCAGGAUGGAGGCCGAGAUGGAGGCCAGGAUGGAGGCCGUGAUUUAGGCCAGGAUGGAGGCCGAGAUAGAGGCCAGGAUGGAGGCCAGGAUGGAGGCCAGGAUGGAGGCCGAGAUGGAGGCCAGGAUGGAGGCCAGGAUGGAGGCCAGGAUGGAGGCCGAGAUGGAGGCCGAGAUGGAGGCCAGGAUGGAGGCCAGGAUGGAGGCCGAGAUGGAGGCCAGGAUGGAGGCCGUGAUUUAGGCCAGGAUGGAGGCCAGGAUGGAGGCCGUGAUUUAGGCCAGGAUGGAGGCCGAGAUGGAGGCCAGGAUGGAGGCCGUGAUUUAGGCCAGGAUGGAGGCCAGGAUGGAGGCCGAGAUGGAGGCCAGGAUGGAGGCCAGGAUGGAGGCCGUGAUUUAGGCCAGGAUGGAGGCCAGGAUGGAGGCCGUGAUUUAGGCCAGGAUGGAGGCCAGGAUGGAGGCCAGGAUGGAGGCCGUGAUUUAGGCCAGGAUGGAGGCCAGGAUGGAGGCCGAGAUGGAGGCCAGGAUGGAGGCCGUGAUUUAGGCCAGGAUGGAGGCCGUGAUGGAGGCCAGGAUGGAGGCCGAGAUUGA